AUGAAAUCUCGCUUCACGCUGUUGGACGUAGCUGCGGCUGUAAAUGAUCUAAAAGCCCUGGAGGGUAUGCGUAUUGUGAACGUUUAUGAUAUGAAUCACAAGACUUACAUUAUGAAGCUGUCACAAGGAGCCGAAAAGGCUUUCAUUCUGCUUGAAUCUGGAAUCCGUAUCCAUCAUGGAUUCCACGAUUACGAAAAAGCUCCCUUCCCAUCAAGCUUCAGUCAGAAACUGCGUAAGCAUCUGAAUAAUCACAGGUUUGUAUUAAGCUGCAUUUUUAUGCAGUUGGGUAUGGAUCGCAUUGUUGAUCUUCAAAUCGAUGAUGGUGACCGUGCUGUCCACGUAAUCGUCGAACUGUACGACAGGUGCGCGAUUUUUCUGACUGUUUGUGGUAAUAUUGUGUUGACUGAUGCUUCUUAUUGCAUUCUCAACAUAUUGCGUCCACGAACUGACAAGGAUACCGAUGUACGACUUGUUGUCCGAGAGAGGUACAUUUUCCGUUACUUAUUUAUCUAUUUAUUUAUUUCUUACAUGUUAUUAUUACUUAUUUUUCAUUUAUUUAAUUAUUUAUGUAGUUUCCCCUUGCAUUUUAAUAUUUCUGCCACGAGGUGGCUUGAAUAUCAUCCGUACCUCUUUGCGCAACACAAAAGGGGCAAAUACGUUUUUCAUGAAACAUUUUCUGAAGCUGUUGAUGCGUUUUAUGCUGCUCAAGAUUCUCAGAAAAAGGAACAAAAUGCUCUGAAAAUGGAAAGAGAAGCUUUGAAAAAGUUAGAAAAUGUAAGAACUGACCAAUAUCGCCGUAUUACGGAACUCCAGGAGAGUCGUGAGGAGAAGAUGGUCAUGGCCGAUUUGAUCAUUAUCAAUCAGGACCUUGUGAACUCCGCCAUCAACAUUAUCUGUAAUGCGCUUGCUCAAAAGUCUACAUGGGAUGAAAUAGAACGAAUGCAUCGUCAAGCAGUUAGUAGCGGUGAUCCUGUAGCAAGGAAAGAUGUACCAAUCGAUAUUGGCAUGACAGCGUAUAACAACUCUUGUAUGCUUUAUAAAGGCAUGAAAGCAGCUGCUGAAAAGGUAACUUUGAAGUAUUUUUUGAAUUUGAACACGUUGUUUCAGGUUUUUGUCCGUGCCGAUACCGCAAAAGUCAGAAAGGAGAUGUGGUUUGAAAAGUUCAUCUGGUUUAUCUCGUCCGAAAAUUACGUAGUGGUUGUUGGACGAGAUGCUCAACAGAACGAGUUACUUGUGAAACGAUACCUACGUCCUGGAGACAUUUAUGUGCAUGCUGAUGCUCAUGGUGCUGCAUCUGUUGUCAUCAGAAACAAGGCUGGUGGCGGAACGAUCCCUCCAAAGACGAUGACAGAAGCCGCACAGAUGGCUAUUUGUUGUUCAAGUUCUUGGAGCUCACAUGUCAUCUCGUCCGCGUGGUGGGUAUACGAUCAUCAGGUUUCAAAAGUUGCUCCAUCUGGGGAGUACUUAUCCCAUGGUAGCUUCAUGAUUAGAGGAAAGAAGAACUUCAUGCCUGGUAGUCCACUUGUCCUCGGUUUUGGUAUCUUGUUUCGACUUGAUGAAUCUAGCGUUACUGCUCGUAGGCAGCAAAUUGUGGUAAGUCAGUUAAAUUGUGGCUUUUUCAUGAGUAUCCGAAGGUGUGUGAAGGAGAAGGAGCGUUUGAAACAUCUUAACGAUUAUUGUUCAGGUCUGAUCUCGCAUCUGACAAGUAACCCCAUUCCCGAUGAUGUGCUCCUGUAUGCUGUGCCCAUGGUGGGCCCAUAUCAGGCCUUCAGUAACUUCAAGUACAAAGUGAAAAUCACGCCUGGAACAGCCAGGAAGGGCAAGGCCGGCAAAGCUGCACUAGAUCUGUUCCUCCGCACUAAGAGCGGUGAUCCUCGGGAACAGGCACUUAUUCGUGCCCUCGUCGGGGAUGAGAAUGCGUGUCGUAACAUUCCGAAGGGAUGCCGUGUUUCAGCUCCUCAGCUGUAUGCAAAAUAA